GUCACCGAGCAGCUGGCGCACCUGGUGCGGGCCCUUUGGACCCUAGAGUACACCCCGCAGCACAGCCGCGACUUCAAGAGUAUUGUGUCAAAGAAUGCACUGCAGUAUCGUGGAAAUUCCCAGCAUGACGCCCAGGAGUUUCUGCUGUGGCUUUUGGACCGAGUUCACGAAGACCUCAAUCAUGCCAUAAAGGAGAGUGGCCAGCCUCCUCUGAAGCCUCCAUCAGAGACAGAUAUGAUGCCUGAGGGACCAUCUUUUCCUGUGUGUAGCACUUUUGUACAAGAACUUUUUCAAGCCCAGUACAGAUCUUCUUUGACAUGUCCUCACUGUCAGAAGCAGAGCAACACUUUUGACCCUUUCCUCUGUAUUUCUUUGCCAAUUCCUCUGCCCCACACAAGGCCUCUCUAUGUCACCGUAGUGUAUCAAGGGAAAUGUUCCCACUGCAUGAGGAUUGGUGUGGCUGUACCUCUGUCUGGGACUGUCGCUAGACUUCGGGAAGCAGUAUCUGUGGAGACAAAGAUCCCCACUGAUCAGAUUGUGUUAACAGAAAUGUACUAUGAUGGGUUCCAUCGUUCCUUUUGUGAUACAGACGACCUGGAGACUGUCCAUGAAAGUGACUGCAUUUUUGCCUUUGAGACUCCAGAAAUAUUUAGGCCUGAAGGAAUUCUCAGUCAAAGAGGCAUUCACUUAAACAAUAAUCUAAACCACCUGAAAUUUGGCCUGGAUCAUCAUAGAUUAUCUUCCCCACUACAAGCAGCAGCCAAGCAGGGGAGAAUAGACUUGCCCAGCUCCCGAACAGGAGGUGACAAGAUUGUCCUGCUGGUGUGCAACCGAGUGUGCACAGGACAGCAAGGGAAGAGGUUUGGACUGCCUUUUGUCCUGCACUUGGAGAAGACAGUGGCAUGGGACCUUUUGCAGAAGGAAAUCCUGGAGAAGAUGAAGUAUUUCUUGAGGCCCUCAGUUUGCAUUCAGGUGUGUCCAUUCAGUUUGCGUGUGGUCAGUGUUGUGGGCAUAACGUACUUGCUGCCCCAGGAGGAGCAGCCCCUGUGCCACCCAACAGUUGAAAGGGCAUUAAAGUCUUGUGGACCAGGCGGCACAGCUCAUGUGAAGUUAGUAGUAGAAUGGGACAAGGAGACAAAAGAUUUCUUGUUCAUAAACACAGAAGAUGAGUAUAUCCCUGACGCGGAGAGCGUCCGUCUACAGAGGGAGCACCACCAGCAGCCUCAGACCUGCACUUUAUCCCAGUGUUUCCAGCUCUACACCAAAGAGGAGCGGCUUGCCCCGGACGAUGCCUGGCGCUGUCCGCACUGUAAACAGCUGCAGCAGGGGAGCAUCACGCUGAGCCUGUGGACGCUGCCCGACGUGCUCAUCAUCCACCUCAAGAGGUUUCGCCAGGAAGGAGACAGGCGUAUGAAACUUCAGAACAUGGUCAAGUUCCCCUUGACUGGCCUGGACAUGACACCUCAUGUGGUUAAGAGAAGCCAGAGCAGCUGGAGCUUGCCAUCCCAUUGGUCCCCGUGGAGACGGCCCUAUGGACUCGGGAGGGACCCUGAGGACUCCAUCUAUGACCUGUAUGCUGUGUGCAACCACCAUGGCACCAUGCAAGGGGGGCACUACACAGCGUACUGUAAGAACUCUGUGGAUGGUCUCUGGUACUGCUUUGACGAUAGCGAGGUGCAACAGCUGUCAGAAGAUGAAGUGUGCACGCAGACGGCCUAUAUCCUCUUCUACCAGAGGCGGACUGCCAUCCCCUCAUGGUCAGCCAACAGCUCGGUGGCAGGUUCCACAAGUUCCUCCCUGUGCGAGCACUGGGUGAGCCGACUUCCGGGGAGCAAGCCAGCCAGCGUGACCUCUGCGGCCUCCUCCAGACGCACUUCCCUAGCCUCGCUCUCUGAGUCUGUGGAGAUGACUGGGGAGAGGAGCGAAGAUGACGGAGGCUUUUCAACUAGACCAUUCGUGAGAAGCGUCCAGCGUCAGAGCUUGUCAUCCAGAUCUUCCAUCACCAGCCCCUUGGCUGUCAACGAAAACUGCAUGAGACCCUCAUGGUCCCUGUCUGCCAAGCUACAGAUGCGCUCCAGUUCUCCUUCCCGGUUCUCAGGGGACUCCCCGAUUCACGGCUCUGCCUCUACCCUGGAAAGGAUUGGGGAAGCCGGGGACGACAAGGUCUCCAUCUCUUGCUUCGGUAGCUUACGGAACCUGUCCAGCAGCUACCAGGAGCCAAGUGACAGUCAUGGUCGCCGUGAGCACAAGGUUGCGGGCCGGGCCCCGCUGGCUGUCAUGGAAGGUGUGUUCAAAGACGAGUCAGAUGCCCGCAAAUUGAACUCCAGUGUUUUAGAUGCACAGAACAAAAACUUAGCACAAGGGGAUCGCCUGUCCCCCAUCUGCCCCCCAUCUGAUCCAUUUGACAACAACAACCAGAUUGCCUAUGUAGACCAGAGUGAUUCCGUGGACAGCUCUCCCGUCAAAGAGGUGAAGCCCCCAGGCCCCCCAAGCUCCUUCACAAAGAAGCCUGAGAGCACAGCUAGGAGGCCCUCGAGUGGCAGAGGUGCCCCUGAGCCAGAGAGGGGUGUGCGCAAGGGACGGCCGGCCCUGGCGAGCCAGGACUCAUCUCUCUCAAGUACGUCCCCCUCCUCGCCCGUCCCUGUGAAGGCUUCUCUGAAGCCCUCCCGUUCUCGCAGCAAAGCAGACUCUGCUGCGAGGGCCAGUGGAAGGCACUCAGCCCCUGCGCCGGCCCAGCCCAGAAAGGAGUCAUCCUCCAAGUCCCAGGACUCCGUGUCUUCCCCUUGCGCGCAGAAGCAGAAGCCUUCCUCUGCCCUCGCUCACUCUGCAGCUUCCACAGCUGCCAAAAAAACUUCGGGCCCUGCCCCCAGGGGCACCGUCCCUCCUGGAAAGAGCAGGACUUCAGAUCGGAGCUUAAGCAGAGAGGGCUCCCGCCAGAGCCUGGGCUCCGACAGAGCCAGUGUCAUCUCCACCUCCAAACCCACCUCCCCUCGGGUGAGCCAGGCCAGAGCAGGCGAGGGCAGAAGUGAUGGCAAGCACGUGCGAAGCUCCUCCAUGGCCAGCCUGCGCUCGCCCAGUGCCAGCGUGCGCUCCGGCCUGAAGAGGGACAGCAAGUCUGAGGACAAGGGGCUGUCCUUCUUCAAGUCGGCCUUGAGACAGAAGGAGACUCGGCGGUCCACUGAUCUGGGCAAGACCACACUGCUCGCCAAAAAGGCUACUGGGGGCUCUGUCAAGUCGGUGGGUAAGAAUACCCCGGAUGACAAGGCCGAGAAAGACCACCAGCCUCCAGGCUCCCAGCAGCCAAGCGGGAAUGUGGUCGGUAAAGACCUCACCUCUAAGGACGCUGCUUCUGCUAAGCGUUCCCUGCUGUCCUCCCGCAAACCCAAGUCUUCCCAGCUGGAUUCUGGAGUCCCCUCGUCUCCCAGUGGCAGGCAGGCCUCAGAGAAAGCCUCCAAAAAGUUAGCUUCCAGCAUGCAAAGCUCUGCACGGCCUUCUCAGAAACCUCAGUGA